UUGGGAGAUCGAUUUUAUUUUUUACAACCGCUUUAUUCAUUCAAUCACCAUGGUAGCAACAUCACCCCCCAAUUUAUGGCCGUUUUACGACUGCCCAGCAUCACCGCCUACCGUGAUGCAAUAUGCAGCGACAAAUAUCCCCCCAUCAAAGGGGGGGCAGGGUAGCAUGCCACCUGAUUGCACGAGCUCCCAGCUGGUGCCCGAAGGCGCAAAGGGUUGUCCUUUGGCGUGUAUAGUGCAAUGAAAAAAAAAACCACUCGCCACUGCCAGGUGGAACUGGUGAAAAUUUGCUUCCCUCUCGCAAUGCUCCAUAAAAUGCCCUCCCCGUGUCCAUAUUGCUGCGGUGUAAGUGUGCAUGGGGAGAAAAGUAAAGCAACGGAUGAUAAUAACAUAUGAAAUAAUUUCCUUUCUUUCUGCCUUAAACCCGUGGCAACGAUGGCGAAUACGAUGACGAUGAUGAUGAUGAUGAUGGGCAUCAGGCAGAAGCAACACCGGAUCAUGAUCAUUUGGGUUGUUUCGUUAUUGACCGGCACUACCGCCCAUACCUAGCGAGAGAGACAGAAAAGACGGCGAAUGAGAUCAAGCCGCGAAAAGGAGAAAUAAUUCGCAUGAUUCCGGCCCAAUACCCUCACAAACACGCACACGACGCAUACAUGCACAAUCUCUCGCGAGGUCGUGUGUCGAAUGCCGCAUGCAAGAAGAUCGCAGAAACCGCGAACGGGCUGAAGAAACCUUUUGCUAUUUAAAAGCUUCUCCACACCGAACCGAUUCGCGAUUUGAGGCCCUCCGUUCGUCUGUGUGUGUGCUGUGUGUAAGCGCAACGCUGGAUGGAUUGUUGCGCAAAGCCCAAGCGUGUGUGUUGUUCACGCACCGGCUUCUUAAAAGCGGGAAGCGGGUGGCCGGACACUUCGUCCGCGACACGGUCCACCGCUUACACGAUACGAGAAGCACUUGGGACAGAGAGAAAAAGAGAGAUAUAAUGCCUAUUUGCGUUGGUAGGCAUUCCGGUUCGGCGUGCCGCGCUGGCUUGCUCACAGGCAGAGUGUGUAUGGUGUGCUUGUGCUGUGCGCAAAUCUCUCUUUCGCUCUACUCUAUCUCUCUCUCCUCACAUCGAGAGACAGACGAGCGCGCAAAACUGUUUAAACCUUCGCCUACUGCGUCCCAGGUGUGGCUACACGUUCGAUGUAUCGGUUGCAUCGGUCCACACAAGCACCUAUACAUAGCAACACACACACCCAUACACAUACAAACACAGCGUGAACGUCCCUAUCAAUGCGACUAUCCUGGCUGCAAGCGUGCCUUCACGCAGAGUGGUCAGUUGAAGACGCACCAACGGCUCCACACCGGCGAACGUCCGUUCAUCUGCUCCGUCGCUCACUGCCAGAUGCGAUUUACGCACGCCAAUCGCCACUGUCCGGAUCAUCCGCUCGAGACGCUGAAACGGUGCGAUGAUUUUGUUAUACAGGCGCUGCCCGAACAGAACACUGAGGUACUUAAAUGGCUGGAGAAGUAUCGAGCCGAGCGCGAAGAUCGCACGCCGACGCGCAAGACCCCCAUCAAACGCACCAACUCGCCCGACGGAGUGGGGAGUGGUCCGGAAAAUGGCAACGGAGCCGCCAGCAGUGCAACGCAAAAUGAAAACGAAAACCGGCGGCAAGAUACGGCCCAGCGCUCCGCCACCAACAACGAGAACCAUCUUCCGUUGGGCGUUAAUGGAAGCGGUAAUGGUUUGUCGGGGGGCGUUUCUACCGGUAAUGGAGCACUCGGCAACAACCACCAGCUCCUAGCGUCACCGGUUACACCAAACAAUACGUACAAAUCAAUCCGCAAGGGGCUGAUGGAUAUGAACGCCUGCAUGGGCCUAACGAGCCCAGUAACGACCAAGGCGAAGAACUCGCUGCCGAAGUUGAUCCAGUGGCAGGAACCCACCAGCCAGGAGGAGAACGAAUCCGGCGACGAAUGUUGCGUUCCAUCGAAACAGUCCACGUUCAAUCCGAAGAAGAAGUGGUUGCGCGACGCCUGGCAGGAGGAUCUCGCGAAACCACUGGAACCGAACCUGAUCUCGCCAAAGCUGUUCGCGUCUACGACCUCCACGAUGGCACUGAAGCAGCAACUGCACCAGGAAAGUGUCGUCACCAUCUCCCCCUCCAAAAGGCAGCUUCUCGGCGUGAUCGGACACAAUAAGCCACUGCCACGGAUGGAAGGGAUCGGGCAUAGCACUAGCGCACCUGCUCCGGUCGUAACGAGCGUUGCACCGCCACCACCCGCUCCGUUCAAUCCGAAUCAAACUCGACCAACGGUGCUAAUGGUAGCGAGCAAGGAUAGUGCUCGGCCGCUUUCCGUCAAGCCAGCGGCGGAACUGUUGGCAAACGAGAUCACCGCCAACGGUACCUGUUUAUCGCCAAAACCGGAGGAAAACAAUCGCAAGCUUCAGGGGGCUUUAGCUUUAAUGCAGCUCGCAGCGAAGGAUGCUUUUCUGCAAGAUGCUUAUGAGGUGCCGAGCGUGCCGGAAGCUUUACUAGCGCAUGGAACCACCCUGCUGUGCGGUAGAUCGCCAGUCGAAGCAACAAACAAUGGAAGUACCUUGGCAGUGAACGGUUUCACCACAACGGAAGCAACCGUACAGGAAAAGUGUCCUUAAACGAAAUGAAAAGAAAGCAAACUGCUUUUGCCACGGUACGGUGGUGUGUGUAUGCCUGAUUGUUCUUGCCUUGUCCCCGCAUGUUGUGGUCCGCAAAGUAGGGAAAUACUUCCCUAUAGACAAGUUCCAAAGAAAAGAUAAAUCUUCCGGGGACUGACGAAGAUGAUAGUAAAAAGACAAAAUCAGAGAGGCUGGAAGGGUAAAUGUAACUCACGAUGUACAUGUCAGUUAAAAGUUUACCUAGAGAUUUUAUAUUCGUAUACAGAAUGUGUGUUGUUAGCAAGCGGCAAAUGGAAAUUCAAAAACCGUUAUCUGAAGAUUUAUUAGCAAACAAACAAAAUACUUUUUGACAGAAUGUAAUUGUUAUUCUGCUUUUUUAAACAAUAUUCAAUUUCAAAAGUUUUUCAAUGAACACGUUUUACAAAAAAAUUCAAAAAACCAAAAACGAGAAAUAUUAUCAACAAAUAAUUGAAAGUGUAUAGGAUGGAGCAAGUAAUCACAUUAUUUCGAUAAACAUUUAAUCUUUUCCACUUUAUAAUACCAACCUUAUUCGCUUUAUGAAUCAUUUAUCCCCAGUGAGUUAGUUAGGGAAGUUUGAAAAAAAACCCUCAUGUUUCUUUAUUUUUAUUUGUAAACGGCAAUUGUGUAUUACUGUUAAAAAAAGCCGCGAUAAAUUCACUUCUAUUUAAAACACCGUCUCUCUCACACUCAAUCACACACACAUCCGUUAUUGAGAUGCGCGCUGCUUGUUGUUUGAGCCCUGGAGAAUUUGAAGAGUUAUUUAUUUUUAUAUUUUUUCUUUAUUUUUUUAACUAGUGAACAUCUAUCUCAUACGGUUUGUUUGGUAGGCACGAUUUGAUUUGUGAAUUCUGAAGUGUACAGAAAUGAAUUUAUGCUAAGCGAUUAACAAAUAGCUGCCGAACCGAAUUAUCUUUUUUUAUUAUUUUUUUUGCGCGAAAGAUUUGAAAAUACUGAAAUGAAACGAACCGAAUCGCGUUGUACUUGAAGAAACUAGUGUGUAAAUAUUGAAACAAGAAGUAAAAUGUACAAUAAACACAUGUACCGAGAUGAAAUAACCAACUAAUUA